AUGGACUCAGUCCUAUCAAAUUCUCAGGGAGCUCGCUCCCAAUCUCAGAUCCCAUCGGAUCAAAUCACUUCGGAUGUCAGCAGUGCCAAAACUGCAGACACAUCGAAAAACCCGAUCACCUCGCCAACUGGCAGCAGCCAAACUGCUAGUAGAUCGAGCGUCCUGAUCGAUCCGGUUAUCACCUCCGCGGCAGCGAACUCGAAUGUUCCAGCCCGCGUGAAACCAUCGGUGAUCAACCUCGUCACUCCUGUGAUAGCCGAGAACUCGAUUCUACCGAAUCAGAUCUCGCACGCAAUUGAGAAACCUCAUUUGCGGAUUCGGGUCAAAUCUAAAGAUUUUCCGAUUACUUCGACACCGAUCAGUCGGAAAACUCCGACGCAAACAGUGUCAACAUCGUUGGAAAAACAUGAACGAAGUCUUGCUGAGCUACGGACGAUUAUAAGUCCUCCUCCGGGAACUCAGCUCGACUCUUCACCAAUCUACGAACCUAACAGCUCGUCGAAACGGGAUGAGGCGCCACUGCGCGCUCAUGUCUUCCAGACUCUCGUCCCACCGAUGAGCUCGCCAAUGAGCAGCUUGAACAUUCCAGAUUCAAGCAAAUCGGAGAUAGGAUCUCAGCCAACAGAGCGACUUCCAUCUCUACCUCCAAAGCUAUCAGGUGUCGAGCCAACUAUAUUUCGAUGGCCCGAAAAUAUGGCUUCCAACUCAAACUUGCAGGCGAUGGCUCAACUCAAAAAUCAAUCCAAUGAAAUUUUGAGCUUGCAGCCUCCCGCAACAGCUCGAACUGUUGUGAAUUGA